UCCCUCCCGGACACGGGACGAAGUCUUCAAUCUUGUAUCUUCAUAAUCUAGGAGUCCGGCUGAAGGUACAGUCCGGCCAUCCGGACACCCCCUAAUCCAGGACUCCCUUAGGAAGCUGAUGAAAUAGACCAGUAUGUUCACAAGUACUUCUUAGUUGAAAUGUUAAAAAAAACAUAUGCUGAGAACCUGCCCGCACUUGAAGGAAAACAGCAGUGGGAUAUUGUAGACCCUGGUUUCAAACUAAGUCCACCUGUACAGAACAAAGCUGCACCUGGCAGGCCAAGGAAGACAAGAAUUAAGCCAGCAAGUGAAGGAAAAGGACUUGGUCCUAGGAAGAGAAAAUGCAAGAGGUGUGGUGGCUUGGGUCACUUACUGAAAACCUGCAAAAAAGCCAUUGAUCCAGCAUUUGGUGAAGAAGAUGCACACUGGGGAGCUGACAAUGCUGAAGAAGACCCUCAUAACCAAAAUGCAGACCUACAUGAUGAACAACAAGAAGGAGAGGAGCCAUACAGUGAAGAUGAAGCUCCAGUGCAGCCUGCAGGUGCAGAUGAUGCUCUAGUGCAGCCUGCAGGUGAAGAUGAAGCUCCAGUGCAGCCUGCAGGUGCAGAUGAUGCUCCAGUAGAGCCCCAUAAUGAAACAAAUGAGGCAGCAACACAAGCUUCCAUAGUUGCAGAUGAAGUUCAAAGCACACCAAGUAAGAACUACAAGAAGGCAGCAGAGAGAGAAGCAUCUCCAAUGGCUAUCAGCAAGAAGAGGAAGCUUAACACUUCUACAAGUCCAGAAGAAGAACCUUGCUCAAUUACUGGCAGCAAUGUAGAUGCAAGAGUUGCUGCAUGUGAAGAGCAAGUUCUCCCUCCAGUUGUUCCCCAAAUCCCUGUGAAACUGACUAGGAGCAGGGCUAGGGAGAUGACAAUCCCAGCUAGCAACACAAGGAGCAAGAAGGAAAAAUCUGGAAAAUGAGUACUAAUGUGUUGUGCAAGUUUGAAACUGUUAGAUUGUUGUAAUGUGUUCUUUUGGUUGCAGCAAGAUUGGUUCUGAAUUAU